UGCUGGGAAGGCCGGCGGGAUGGAGGCUGCGAGACAAGCUCACGGUCGCGGAUCUGGGUGAAGCGGGACAGGCGCCGGAGCCGGAGCCGGGCCCUAGCAGAAGGUUCAGGUCGGCGCGGGCCGGUUAGUCCGGAAGACCGGGUCUGGCCGGGCAGUGAGGUGCGGCUGCAGACAGCAGGACCAUGGCCACGAUGGUGCUUCCGCGGGAGGAGAAGCUGAGCCAGGAUGAGAUAGUGCUGGGCACCAAGGCCGUUAUCCAGGGGUUAGAGACUCUACGAGGAGAGCACCGUGCCUUGCUGGCUCCCCUGGCUUCUCAUGAGGCAGGCGAGGCCGAACCGGGCUCACAGGAGCGCUGCCUCCUCCUUCGCCGCUCCCUGGAGGCCAUUGAACUGGGGCUUGGGGAGGCUCAGGUGAUCCUGGCACUGUCAAGCCAUCUGGGGGCUGUGGAGUCAGAGAAGCAGAAGCUGCGGGCUCAGGUGCGGCGCCUGGUACAAGAGAACCAGUGGUUGCGUGAGGAGCUGGCAGGGACCCAGCAGAAGCUGCAGCGCAGUGAACAGGCAGUGGCUCAGCUGGAGGAAGAGAAGCAGCACCUGCUAUUUAUGAGCCAGAUCCGAAAGCUGGAUGAGGAUGCUUCUCCAAAUGAGGAGAAAGGUGAUGUUCCCAAAGACUCCCUGGAUGACCUGUUUCCCAAUGAAGAUGAGCAGAGCCCAGCUCCCAGCCCUGGAGGAGGGGAUGUAGCUGCACAACAUGGUGGCUAUGAAAUUCCAGCACGGCUCCGUACCCUCCACAAUCUGGUAAUUCAGUAUGCUUCACAAGGCCGCUAUGAGGUGGCCGUGCCCCUCUGCAAGCAGGCACUGGAGGAUUUGGAGAAGACAUCAGGCCAUGACCACCCGGAUGUGGCCACCAUGCUGAACAUCCUGGCACUGGUUUAUCGGGACCAGAACAAGUACAAGGAUGCUGCCCACCUCCUCAAUGAUGCCCUGGCUAUCCGGGAGAAGACACUGGGCAAGGACCACCCAGCUGUGGCUGCCACCCUGAACAAUCUGGCUGUUCUAUAUGGCAAGCGGGGCAAGUACAAAGAGGCUGAGCCACUGUGCAAGCGAGCACUGGAGAUCCGGGAGAAGGUCCUGGGCAAGUUUCACCCAGAUGUGGCCAAGCAGCUCAGCAACCUGGCCUUGCUGUGCCAGAACCAGGGCAAAGCUGAGGAGGUGGAGUACUAUUACCGGAGGGCCCUGGAGAUCUAUGCCACACGCCUUGGGCCUGAUGACCCCAAUGUGGCGAAGACCAAGAACAACCUGGCUUCCUGCUACCUGAAACAGGGAAAGUACCAGGAUGCGGAGACCCUGUACAAGGAGAUCCUUACCCGUGCUCAUGAGAAGGAGUUUGGGUCUGUCAACGGAGAGAACAAGCCCAUCUGGAUGCAUGCAGAGGAGCGAGAGGAGAGCAAGGAUAAGCGUCGGGACAAUGCCCCCUAUGGGGAAUAUGGCAGCUGGUACAAAGCCUGCAAAGUUGACAGUCCCACAGUCAACACCACUCUGAGAAGCUUGGGCGCCCUGUACCGGCGCCAGGGAAAGCUGGAAGCUGCACACACGCUGGAAGAUUGUGCCAGCCGCAGUCGCAAGCAGGGCCUGGAUCCUGCCAGCCAGACCAAGGUGGUAGAAUUGCUAAAAGAUGGUAGUGGUGGACGAGGAGACCGCCGAGGCAGCAAAGAUGUGGCAGGCGGUGUUGGGCCUCGGACUGAGUCUGACAUGGAGGAGUCAGGGCCUGCAGCUGAAUGGAGUGGGGAUGGCAGUGGCUCUUUGCGGCGCAGUGGCUCCUUUGGGAAACUCAGGGAUGCCCUGAGGCGCAGCAGUGAGAUGCUGGUCAGGAAGCUGCAGGGCGGUGGCCCACAGGAGCCACCUAAUUCUAGGAUGAAGAGAGCCAGCUCUCUCAACUUCCUUAACAAAAGUGUGGAAGAGCCAGUUCAGCCUGUAGGCACCGGUCUUGGUGACAGCCGCACCUUGAGCUCCAGCUCCAUGGACCUCUCCCGAAGAAGCUCCCUCGUAGGCUAAAGCUGAAGAGGCAGCCAGUCGCCAGAGCCUCCAUCUGACACGACCCCUUCCCCCAGCCCUGCGCAUGGGCCUGCUGCUUGUCCUGCCUGCCCCUCCCAAGGACCCCUGUCUUUUCUGUUCAAUCUCAGGGUAACUUCCUCCCAUGUCAUCUCAGCCUCGGCCCUGGAGGCCUGGCCUGCGGGCUCCAGCUCUGCUCCUUAUUUAUUUCUUCCAGCAGGGGGCCUCUCUUCUCUACGUUCAGGGCCUGCGGGAGUGGUAGCCUGCCUACCCAGCCCCCAAAGCCAAGAACACUAAGUACUUGCUAUCCCUCAACACCUUUGCCCCCCCCCC